AUGGUCGCGCUCGAGAUCUGCGGGAUGCCCGUGGAGUUCCCGUUCAAGCCGUACGACUCGCAGCUCAUCUACAUGGAGAAGGUGCUGCUCGCGCUCACGUCCAAGCAGAAUGCCAUUCUCGAGAGUCCCACGGGCACGGGCAAGACGCUUUGCUUGCUCUGUGCGACGCUAGCAUGGCGUCGCUUCAUGCGGGAGAAGGCGAUCGGAGCAAGCAGAAGUGCUGCAUCGCAUGUGACAAGAGCUCCGCAAGACGCGUACACCGGUCAUGCCAGAGACAGCGACAGCGACGAGACGCUUCAGCUCCCGAGGAUCAUUUACUCGUCGCGAACGCAUUCGCAGUUGAAGCAAGUGGUGCAGGAGCUCAAGAACACGUCGUAUCGUCCUAAUGUCGCUGUGCUUGGUUCUCGAGAACAUCUCUGUGUGGACGAGACCGUGUCGAAGCUUCGAGGCACGCGACAAAACCUCGGCUGUCGCUCGACUUGCAAAGACAGGAAGUGUAUGUACAAACUGGGCUUUGACUCGUACGCCAAGCGUUUAAAGCAGCAAGCACAGCCCAUUAUGGAUAUCGAGGAGCUUGUGACUACGAUGAAGGAGAAGAAGGUGUGCCCAUUUUAUCUGACGAGGCACAUGCUGCCUGAAUCGGAGAUUAUUUUUGUACCGUACAACUAUCUCAUCGAUCCCUUGGCACGCCGCUCGAUUGGCAUAUCGAUUGAAAACUCGAUUCUGAUUUUUGACGAAGCGCACAAUGUGGAGUCGAUUGCAAGCGAGGCUGCGUCGUAUGCGCUCUCAUCAGAGGACAUAUCUGGUUGUAUUUCAGAGGUUGACACGUUCAUCAAGGGGCUAUUGAAUCACAGCAUACAGCUGAAUGCGGGUAACAGUUUGACUAUCGAAUCGACCCGAACCUUGCGUGCUCUGUUCAUGGAAAUCGACAAAGGACUCAAUACUUUUCCGCUGUCUUCGAACGGAGGGCUCACAAAGCCAGGAGAGUACAUCUUCGAGUUUUUCGAGCAGUUUAACGUGAAUUUUGAGACGUGCCCGCUUGUCCUCAACAUGAUUGAAGAGAUCGUGGAGGUGGCACAUGGUGGAGAUGACUCUCAACGAGCCGCGUCAAAGCUCGACACGAUGCUCUCGUUUCUGGGCACAAUCUUUCGGAGCAAAGAAAAACACCUUGCGGCAGCGAAAAGUUAUCGAGUUCAUAUCCAAGAAGUCCGCGAAAGAUCUGCGAAUGCUGGUCGAGCAAAGAAGACGAGUGCCCGCGUGUUCAACUACUGGUGUUUUCAUCCUGGUGUAGCUUUUCGCGAGAUUUGCGCCAACAAUGUUCACAAUGUGAUCUUGACCAGUGGAACGCUUUCACCCUUAGAUACGACAGUCAAAGAACUUGGGAUUGAUUUUCCAGUGCGGCUGGAGAACGACCAUGUUGUCGACGCUGACCAAGUCUGGGUGGGCGUCGUUGGAACAGGCGUGACUGGCAAGCGUCUGAAUUCGAGCUACAACUUCCGGUCGACUGAAACUUAUCUGUUAGAACUGGGCAACACAAUUGUGAACUUCACUCGCCUCGUUCCGCAUGGCCUGCUCGUCUUUUUUCCUUCCUACUCAAUUUUGGAAGAGAGUCUGGACAAAUGGCGAAAGCCUGCAGUGAGCGAGUCAUCGUUGUCGAUAUGGGAGCGCAUCGGCCAGCAGAAGCAAAUAUUCGUGGAACCUCGAGGCCGGGUGGAUUUCAAAACAGUGGUUGACGAAUACCACUACACCAUCACGAAUAGCCCCAAAGGCGCAGUAUUUUUUGCUGUGUGUAGAGGAAAGGUGAGUGAAGGCAUCGACUUUUCGAAUGAUAAAGGGCGUGCCGUGGUCAUCACUGGCUUGCCGUUUCCGCCUACAAAAGACCCAAAGAUUAUUUUGAAAAAGAGCAUUUUGGACGAGGCUACAGUGUUGCCUGGAGAACAGAAAUUGACGGGCAACGCAUGGUACAUUCAACAAGCGUCGCGAGCAGUAAACCAAGCGAUUGGUCGCGUCAUAAGGCACCGCCAUGAUUACGGUGCUAUUGUACUGCUAGACGAACGAUUUGCCUUGAAACAACAGCAAGAGUGCUUGUCAAAAUGGCUGCAGCCUUAUUGUCAUACCUGCAGAGGAUAUGGCGAAGCACACAUUGGCUUGACUCGCUUUUACAAAGGUAACAAAGCGAGAGCAGUACCAGAAUCAUCUGCGAGAAAGCUGCUCCAGCAACCCAAGUCGAUCGGGUUGUCCAAGCGGAUGCUGUCAAACGUCUCAAAGGCAUUGUCAGAUACUGAUGGCAGCGAAGCUAAUCUGCAGCCGAGCGCGUCGCAGCUAUCACAUCCUCAGCCAGCCAUUGGCGAUGGACAAUCUUACGUCAACCCGCAGCUACUUCGACACCUUCCAAAUCCACAGGAGACAACCGAAACCAAGACGUGUGCUUUGUCAGCUCCUGCGCUACCAGCAAGACCAGCUUCUCGUUCGCUAGGGUCACUUUUACGAUCCACGUCGAAAUCAGCGAUGGUAGACACGACGUCGUCGAUUUCGCGCCCGUUUACGGCUCCGUCGAUGGCGGAUGCCGGAUAUUCCGCUGGUAGUGUAAUCGUUGUGGACGACGACGACGAGGCGCAAACAGCAGAGCAACAGCUAGUUCCGGGCGCUGUUUCUUUGAAAGUGGAAGGAUCUGCCGUGAAAGCGUCUGUAACCGAUUUUCCUGCAGUGACAAGAAAAGUGCUUCAGCCUUCCGAGGUGGCGAAAUUGUACAGCUUGAUCCGACAGGUUCAUACUGGAGAAGAUCUAGAUUCGGUGCUGCGUGAGGUGUACGAUUUGUUGUGCGAGCCUGCGUGUAAAGAGCUUGUGGAUUCAAUGCCAAAAGUUUUGAAUGGCGCAAUGCGUGAGCAGUUCAUUGAGGCGGCAAAAAGUCACGGACUGGACGCAUUUGUGACUAAAAAUGCCGAACAUGUCACGUCUCACGCGCGAUCGACAGACAUGUCGGCGUUUUUCGAGCGACUUCAGCAAAAGAAGAGGAAGACUAAUCAUGGACACACUCCGACGGCAGCUGUCAUAAAAGACCCACAGUGCUUUGUGUGCUACGAUAUCACGCGCAAGGCAUAUGCAUCGCCGCAGUGCGGCCACAUCUGCUGCCACGCUUGCUGGACAAAGAUGGAAAAAGAAGGGUUCACGUCUUGCCCAGUGUGCAAGGGCCCAAUCAAGCUAGACCAGCUGAGUUUGAUUCGGGCAGCAAAAGAUUCGUCCGACCGUCGUGGUUGA